ACAGCUGUUGCCCAAAUACAUGAUAAUGACCAUUUCGAUAUUGUUUUUUGGCCACGUAAUUAACAUCUAUUUCCAAAUAGAGAACUCUAUAUAAAAGCAAAAAGGGACUGUUAUUUAAAUUAUUAUAAAUUAAAAUGUCCAAUAAAGUAGUAUUUUUAACACUUUGUGCUUUUAUUGUUCUGACAUCAGCACAAAAAUUUACCUCAGAGCUAGUGAAAUGUCAUGUUUGUAAAGCGGUUGUACAUGAAAUCGAAGAUGAAGUUUCGAAAGUUGAUCCGGCCAAAAGAGUAGACGUUAGUGGUUUUAGAUUGGAUGCCGAUGGAAAUGCCAUUAGCAAAAGUGUUCCUAUGGCCAAAUCAGAAAUGUUUUUAACAGAAGUUAUGGAAAAAAUUUGUGACAGAAUGGAAGAUUAUUUAAGGGCCACCCACAAAAAGUCGGGCAAGUUCAUGUUAAUGAAAAUUAUGGUUGAUGGCAAAAUGAAUCCUGAGUCAAGUAAUGUUGACUUUGUACAAGAUGAGGACCUUAACAAAAGUCUGGGACAUUAUUGUCUUGAAAUUUUGGAAGAUCACGAAGAUGCAUUCCUUAAAAGCUUCCAAUCACCCACACUGAAUGAAAAUUUGGACAUUGAAAUUUGUUCCGAACGGACCAAGUACUGUAAAGAUGCUCCACUUCAGGAAGACUACGAAUUUGAUGAUAAAGAUGAACUGUGAUUUAACAUUGUUGACAAACUCUUGAAGUUACCAACAAACAACUAGAAACGUUUCUAAGCCAGCCUUAAUAGAAAAUGUUUGAAUUUAUUUAUUAUCCAUGUUAAUAUUUAACAAUUUAUUUGUAUUUAUAUACAAUAAUUUAAUAGAAAAUUAAAA